CGAACAAAGCCGGGGACCUGGGGAAAUUAUUCUGCCACACCCACCAUGACUGUCCUCAAGGAACCCAUUGCUGUACGCCCUACCAGCCAGCACCGCCAUUCGAGCACCAUGGCCGGCUCACUCCCCAAGGCGCGUCCGCAUUCGCAGUCGCUCUCCGCCACCUCUCUACACCCAGGGCACCGUGUUACCCGCAGAAAGAGCAUGAGUUCUACUGCUGCCGGGAACAUUGCUGCCAUGGCCGCCGCCGCCAAGGGCAUGUCCGGCGCUCCGCUCGAGACCAGCUCCUCCUCACGUCGCCCGUCCAAGUCGGCCGCCCAAUUCCGCGGUCCCAGCAUGGCCCCGUCCAUGGCCUCGAGCGUCCCGAGCAGCGGCCCUGCCUUUACAAACAAUUCUUAUAAUGCCUCCUCUGCCAAGUCCGAAGCCAUCACCGACGGGCCUCCGCUUUCGGCAAUGCCCGAUAACGAGAAGGGAAACAAUAAAUCAAGGAUACGCCGCGCCAGCGAGGGCUCACGUCUGGGUAAGGCUGAUGGCAAGCGCGCAAGUGGUAGCGAAUUGAAAUGUGAAAAAUGUGGAAAAGGUUACAAGCACAGCAGCUGUUUGACCAAGCAUCUCUGGGAGCAUACCCCCGAAUGGCAGUACACGUCCAAGUUACUCAUCUCCAAGCAUCAGCAGGUGCAACUGCUCGAAGCUGCAUCGGUCCUCGUGGCUAUGAAUGCAGAGAGCGGCGACAGCGACAGCUCUUCGCCUUCUCCUCCAGCUUCGAGCUCCGGUCUGCACGAUGAGUUGAGUUCCACCGACACUACCCCGCCCCCGCAAAUUGACGAUCACGCUGUGGGCUCGUUUCCUCGCUCUCACUACGGCAUCCGUGCUUCCAAGCGUUACUCCGCAAACAGUUCGGCAUAUAGUCAAUCUUACCAGUCCACCGUGUUUUCUGAUAAUGGUCAAAUUGGGCACUAUCGUCAAUGGAGCAACGUGUCCGAUCGACCAACUACUUCAGGCACUUCAGUUGCCGGCUCCUACACAGAGGAAAAUGACGAGGCAGAUCUUGCUGCCGCCGUUGGUCUCUUAAGCUGUUCCUAUGGCACCCCCAAAUCGGGCCCUAUGACUCUCCCUCCCGAUGUCCCUCCAGUCCCGCCCCUUCCUGCCAAGUUUUUGGAUUUCAACAACAUUCAAAUAUCGGGCAGCACCGGGAGUACCACGAUUACUGCCCAACAAUCGAGUCUACGCGGUGGCAACUACCAUCGUGAAAGCAAGGAUGUCGAUAUGGACGACGAUCACUUCGCUGAUGAAGACGAUUUCCGUCACCGCAACUCACAAAGUCGUGGUCGCAUGGACGAGGACGACGAUGCCUUCUUUGGCAGGAUGGAGGAAUGA